AAAACCAUCGACUUCGACCGGUCAUAGACCAUGACCGUUUGACCUUCUUGCCUUAAUUAACCCUUCCACUUGCACUAGCUGCUAGCAGUUUAGUUGCAACAACUAGCUAGGGCCUUCAAUUUUAAAAUGUCAAACUAAUAACACGAUGGACCCAUAAGCUGAUUGCGAUUUAUGAUCUUAUUAGAGAGAGAGAAGAGUACUGCGGUAAUGCUGUCGUUGCAUCAGCAGGGUACUGGUAUAUAUGCAUUGUAAAUGAUACCCAUUGAAUCACAGAGAACACACCUAGAAGUACAUUCAAAGACCAAGCUUAGGAAAAGAGAAAGAAUGUCUUCUUCCACGGAUAUAGAAGCAUCCUCCACUAACGAGAGAGCAGCAGCAAAUUAUAACCAUGGAGGAAAUCAUCAUAACAACCUAGCAGUAGUACCAAAUGAUCAUGAAGAUGAUCUUCAAGAAACAGUCAACCCAAUUACUCAAAAAAGAGUUAUAAAUUGGAAACUCCUCAUACUAUUCUGUUUCUUUUCUGCUUUUGGUUACAUAGGAGGACCCUUGUUACAGAGACUGUACUACACUCAUGGCGGAGGCCGUAAAUGGUUUUCGAGUAUGUUACAAACCGUUGGAUUUCCGGUGUUAGUAGCUCCACUUUCUUAUAUCUACAUAAAGAAAGUGAAUGGACCAUCAUAUGAUGCUUCAUGGGUUUUCAUGAUGGAACCAAAAUUGUUCAUGUAUAGUGCAGUAAUUGGAGUGGUGCUUGGAAUGGAUAACUAUAUGUACUCAGCUGGUCUAUUUUAUCUUCCCGUCUCAACUUCAGCACUGUUGUUUCUACACAACUUGCUUUUACAGCAAUAUUUGCUUUCAUAAUUGUGAGACAAAAAUUCACAUUUUAUUCAUUCAAUUCAGUAGUUCUGCUGACUCUUGGAGCUGUUGUUUUGGCAUUGAAUACUAGUAGUGACAGACCUCCUGGUACUACUCAAGCGCAAUAUUACUUUGGAUUCUUCUUAACUCUUGCCGGUGCUGCUUUACUGGGGCUCUGUAUGCCUUUGAUCGAACUUGCUUAUGGGAAAAGUAGUAAACCUAUCACAUAUUCUGUUGUGAUGCAGUUUCAGUUUGUUUUGAGCUUCUUUUCUACUCUGGUUUGCUUAAUUGGAAUGGCCAUCAACAAGGAUUUUCAGGUUAUUCCAAGAGAAGGAAGAAAUUUUGGAUUGGGUGAAGGGAAAUACUAUUUCCUAAUAGUUGCACUUGCAGUUAUUUGGCAAUUCUUCGCAGUAGGGUUUUUGGGGAUCAUCUACUGUACAUCAUCUCUUUUCACUGGAAUUUUCACCACAUGUUUGCUUCCGUUCACUCAGGUGGCUGCAACAAUUGCUUUCCAUGAGAAAUUUACUGGUCAAAAAGGAAUGUCGCUUGCAUUAUGUUUGUGGGGUUUUGUCUCCUACUUUAUUGGGGAAUACAAGAAAACCAAGAAGCCGCAAUCCAUUGCUUAUGAUAAUAAUGCCGAGGAAUGAAAGGAGAAAUCAGAAAUUACAAA